GCGGAAGCGGCGGGGCUCGGCGGGCCGGUGAUGGCGGCGGAGGGCGGCGCGGAGCCCAGCGGUGGCGCGGGGCUGGCCCCGGUCCCGUCCCUUUCCCUCGUGGAGGGCAGCACCGGCCGCGCCGCCCGCGUCGGGGACCCCGGGGACCUGGUGGCCCUGGCCCGGCAGGUGCAGCAGGCAGACGACUUCAUCCGUGCUAAUGCCUGCAAUAAACUGACCGUCAUCGCCGAGCAGAUCCGGCACUUGCAGGAGCAGGCUCGGAAGGUCUUGGAUGAAGCUAACAGAGAUGCUGAUCUGCACCACGUGGCCUGCAACCUUGUGAAGAAGCCAGGAAACAUUUACUACAUGUACAGGCGGGAGAGUGGCCAGCGGUACUUCUCCAUCCUGUCUCCUAAGGAGUGGGGGACCAGUCCCCACGAAUUUCUCGGUGCCUAUAAGCUCCAGCACGAUAUGUCCUGGACUCCGUUGGAGGACUUGGAGAGACGAGAUGCUGAAAUAAACAUCCUGGAGAAGCUGCUGAGCCGUCAGGCAGCGCUGCCCCCGUGCACAGAGCCCAACUUCCAGGGCCUGACCAAGUGACACAGGGGCCACACAGGACCCCCGGAGCAGAGUCCCUGCAUGAGGACACACGGUGCCUGUGUGCUGCCAAAGGCAGGGCAAGGAAAGAGACCAAGGAACAAAGAUGCUGAUGCUGCCAGUACUUGCUCUGUGCUUUAAAGAGCCUCAUUCUGCAUUCAGCCUUGCUGGAUUUUCUAGUAAUUGAGUAAUUUAUUUCUUUGAUUAUGCCAAGCUGUAGCGAGAGGUGGAUAAGAUCAGGUGGAGUGAAUUCCAAGAGGGCUUGGGGCAAAAAGCAAAAGUGCUUGGAGCAGAUGUGAUAAUGCUCUGAAUUAUGUCCUGCCUGUCCAGCUCUGAUUCUUGUAGCAGGAUGAGUUCAGGGCUGGAUUUUCUUCCUUGUUAAAAUGCAUGUGUAUAGGAAGCUCUGUGUCCUGAGAAGAGCCAUCAAAACCUUGCACAAAGGGUCUGUUGUGACUGUUGGUCUCUGUUCCAGCUGGUCCGAACCCCUGAGUCCGGAACAUGGAGUGACCUGGAGCCCUCUUCUCUGGGCAGAGUGUCCUCCAAAGUGCCACAAAGGCUCCAGGUGCUAUUCAGAAGGUGGCAGACCUCACACAUUCCUCUUGGAUUUGAGUGGGGGAGCUGCCAGGGGGAGACAGAAAUGUGCAGGGACACUCAAUGCCUCGGUGCCAGAGCAGUGAAGCAAAUAAAUCAAAUCUUGAUCUCAAGCGUACCUCUUGAGAUGGGCCAUGUGUCCCGUCUGCAUGGCAAGCAUCCCUUUGGCUUUACCAGGGAGACUUGGUGGCAUGUGGAGCUGGUAGGACAUCUCUUAUGAGGAACGGCUGAGGGACCUGAGGGGCUUUAGUCUGGAGAAGAGAAGGCUCAGGGAGACCUUAUCGCUCUCUGCAACUGCCUGACAGGAGGAUAGAGCCGGGAGGGGGCUGGUCUCUGCUCCCAAGGAACAAGGGAUGGGACAAGAGGAAACGGCCUCAAGCUGCACCAGGGGAGGUUUAGAUGGAGAUGAGGAACAAUUCCUUCCCCAAAGAGUGCUCAGGCGUUGGAACAGGCUGCCCAGGGCAGUGCUGGAGUCACCGUCCCUGCAAGUGUUCACACCCCGUGUAGAUGAGGCCCUCAGUGCCAUGGGUUAGUGGUGGGGGAACAGUUGGACUUGAUCAUCUUAAAGGUCUUUUCCAAUCUGGUUGAUUCUAUGAUUCUAUGGUCUCCAGCCUCUUUUUCCACCAAAACUGGGUAGAGGCAGAGAUCAGAGCUGCUGAGGAGGUGUCCUCCCUCUGCUCAGCCACACAGGGCUCCUCCAGGAGCUGCUCUGCAGGGAGCGAAGGUGGGAAUGUGCUGAUGGAGAUGUCCAGGUUGGAUCCCAGCAUGUAACAUCAGUUCUGGUUGGUUCCUCCCAUGACUUGUUUGCCUCCUCGAGAUGACAAGGUGAUAUUAUGUGCUGCUCAAGGCAUUGCAUGUGCACACUGGCCUUAACCUCCUUCUCUGCUGGAGAUGUGUGAGGGUUGGGGACUGCUUGUGGAAGGAAUUACGACUCCACCUGCGUUUGUGGUUGGGCUCUCCUGCCUUCCAGGGUGGUAGUGGAAGAACAGUGUCCUUUGUUCCCCAUGGCAUUGCUCUCAAAAUAAUCUCUUCAACGCCUCUUAAAUGUCCUUGUUCCCUUUCUAGCAUUGAUUUGUUUGUCUCAUGGAAGGUCCCCAGAGCAUCCUGUUCCUCCUGGUCCUUGCCUGCUGCUGGGAAGGGUUCGGGUGUCCCACCAGAGUCCUGCAGAGUUCUCUCACAUCACCCUCAACUCACACCUUUCCAUUUCGAUGUCUGCUUUGGGUUUGGUGCUGCAGUCACUACCAAGGGGAGGGAGGACCUCUCUGCACCUGUGGUACACCCUGAGAGAUGCUGGAGGCUGCUGGAAGCACCAAUUCCCUGUGGGAAGAGCCAUUCCCUGCAAGGAUCGCAGAGGGAUGGGAAGUUUGAGGCAGCUCCCCGGCAGCCCAGGAGUGGUUUUGUCCUGGAUUUUCUUCUCUCAGCUCUGCUCAGCCCCAUUCCAGUGAAGUUGGUCCUGAGUCAAUGAGGGACAUUUCAAUCACCUUUUCCCAGCGCCCUCCCUCAUUUGGAGCACAAGGGCAGAUUGAAAGCAAUGUCUGAUUAUUAUUAUUAUUAGGCCAGGGUAUAAUUAAUUCCUUAUCGAGUCACAAGUGUCUAAUUUGAUGGUUCUUUCCCUGCUUGUUUCAUCGCCCCAGGUUUUAUUUUACUGCAUGUCAUUAAAUGUGAACUUGGAAGAGAGAAAGU